AUGAUUGAAGGACCACUCCCUUCUGAGAUGUCUUCUCUUAAACAUCUCGAAACACUCGAUGUUUCUUUCAACCCAUUGAGGCUAUCUGCCGUCCCAAAAUGGCUCCCAGAGUUGCCGUCACUUCUUCGGAAUUUCUUGGCGGGGUGCGAAAUCCAGGGAGAAAUUCCAGAGCUCUUUCCAAGUGCAAUACAAGAAUUGGACUUAUCAGCCAACAAUCUCACCGGAAGCAUUCCUACACGCUUUGGAGAUGAAAACUUUCAAAUGCUCUUCUCAUUGAACCUAUACAAGAACACACUCGUUUCAAACAUCCCCCAGUCAAUUGGAAAUUUGAAAAGGUUGAUAUGGCUUGACCUUCACGCCAACAAAUUAUCUUCCAACUUACCAGAGGCGUUGGGAAAUCUGACCAAGCUGACCAAGCUCGAGCUGCAGCAAAACCAGUUUUCCGGAAAAAUUCCAAACAAGUUUAUGAAGCUGAAGGAUUUGUGGAAAUUUGAUGUAUCGGACAAUCUUCUGGAGGGGAAAAUCCCGGAAGGCAAACCAUUCAGUGACUUCCCGAAAAGCUCCUACUCCGGAAACAAAGGCUUAUGUGGAAAGCCUCUCCCUCCCUGUAAGAACACUUGA